AUGCCCCUGGAGAUCCUCGAGCGCAUACUACUCUUCAGUGAAAACCUCAACUUGCUCAGGUGUAAUAGCAGAAUUGGCGCCCUACUUUCUGGUCGGGGAACUCUCAUCAACGUCAUCAUCAGUGCCUUUCAUUCUACCUGGGACUGCUGGUUCGGGGUCGACAGGCAUACAAUCAAGACUGUCUUGAAACGCGGCGCGACGGAUGAGUCGAGGUCGUUCAGGAGAUAUGAGAAGUUUCCCGAACUCUUUCCAGGGGACCCAGAAUUCCAGGCACCCAGCUCAUGGAUCAAUGUGGAUUUAAUAUUUGAGGCCCGGCAGGUCUGGGCUUGGCGCUUCGCCCGCGACAGGUGGUACUCACAUACCCAUGUUGGUCCUAAGGAUGAAGAAUCAGACCAAAACACUACGAUAAGCUCACCUCACGACCGGAGCGGUGGCUUCGGUCAUUUCGACUCGAGAGAUUGCUUCGAAUAUGACUGGGCCCUGUAUGGUCUUAGUGGCGCCAAACCGACUCUUGACUUCUACGUUGAUGUACACCCAAAAACAACAAUACCCGACGAUCUAAUUACUGGACCAUGGACACUCGAGCAACAAAGGUUGCUUUUCUGGCUUCGCAGAGGUGGCGCCUUGAUACAGCCCGAAACUCAAACUUGGGAGACUCUCCGAAUGGGACUGCAAAACGCCGUCACACAUCGCAACCCCGGCAGUCUAAACGGUCGGCUGAUUCAAAUGCUGCUCCUUCUGGACGACUUUUUCCCCUCCCGAGGCCUUGCGGAGAGCCAGUCUCUGUGGCCGCUCGACGUCCUGGAAGAAGAGCACGCCAAGGUGGAGAAGCUUGUCAGCGCACGAGAGCGCAGCACCGCUGGCCCCUUGUACGAACUCAUCGAGCUCGAACGACGAAUGUUUGACUAUCACCGUCGCGAGGUCGACCUCCUAACGUCGAGACUGAGCCGGUACGACCGCAUGGGGCCGCAAUCAAUGGUCGCCGUCGGACUCGUUCCUCAACCCAGGAACCACUAA